UCGUUUUACCGUCGGGCACCGCGUGCGGUUUUUGCUCGGUUGUCGUCUUCGCAUUCGUUGUAUAGCGGGUUUUCGUAUCGUAAUUUUUUCGAAAUUUUGUUUUACCACUCAUUCAAUAAUCACACGCGAAUCUAAAAAAACAUAUAAUAUAUUAUUAUACAUUAUAUUUAAAAUAAAACUUUUUUCAAACCCAUUGUGAGUUUYGAGAAAUUCAGAACAUUAAUUUACAUUUGUUUUCUUUUUUAUUUCGGAUUAAUUUCUCUCAGGACAAAAUCCGACAGCCGAUAUAGAUCAAAAUAUAUAGAAAAAUAAUGGGAAUAAACGUGUAACAGGUUAGGCCAUCGUCUCAMGAGAUUUGCCUGGAAUAUUAUGCUGCUGAUGUGACGACGGCAAUGCGGCGAUGACGGCGACCACCAGCGUCACCUGAGUGGCCGGCCGGUUAUGCUCGGGUCGGCGGCGUUCCCGGAUGUCGUUUAAAUGGACAGCGUCAACGUCACGGCCGCGGUGUACGAGCACAACGAGACAGUGGUGUCGUGGCCAAAGAACGCAACGACCGCCGCCGGGCCUUCAUCGACGUACACGGCGUUGGAAGCGUUCACCAUCGGCUCCGUGCUGUUCCUGGUCAUCGUGGUGACGAUCGUCGGCAACGUGCUCGUCUGCAUCGCCGUGUGUCUGGUCCGCAAGCUUCGGCGCCCUUGUAACUACCUGCUCGUAUCUCUGGCCGUCUCCGACCUGUGCGUGGCCCUGCUCGUCAUGCCCAUGGCCCUGCUCUACCUGGUUCUUGGAAAAUGGCCGUUUGGCACGUUCAUGUGCGACCUCUGGGUGUCAUUCGACGUACUGUCUUGCACCGCAUCCAUAUUGAACCUGUGCAUGAUCAGCGUGGAUCGGUAUUACGCCAUUACCAAGCCCCUCGAGUAUGGCGUGAAGCGGACGCCUCGCCGGAUGCUGAUAUGCGUGUCACUGGUUUGGCUGGGCGCGGCGUGCAUUAGCCUGCCGCCGGUGCUCAUACUGGGAAAUGAGCAUUCGACGGUGGACGGUGUACCACACUGCACCGUGUGCCAGAACUUUGGUUACCAGAUAUAUGCGACGCUAGGGUCAUUCUACAUACCGCUGACAGUCAUGAUCACGGUGUACUACAAGAUCUUCCGGGCCGCCCGCAAGAUCGUGUUGGAGGAACGGAGGGCGCAGAGCCACCUGGAGAACAGCCACUGUUACCUGGAGAUCAGCGUCAAAAAUGGCGUCGGCCCGGUCGAGUCGAAAAUCGCCGCCACUGCGCCGGAACGCAGCCAACACAGUCACCGGGCCAGCAGCAGUGCCAGCACCGUGACCACGUGUAGUGGAACGAUAGGGAGCGGUGCACGUGGYGGCGACGGAUGCCGAUGCUGCUCGAUGGUUCGCCGGUCGGUGGGCGAAUACCAGUGCCCAGUGUUGAUGGUAGUACCCAGCAACGGCCACAACACAGGACGUCCGGCCACCAAGAAGCCCGAAUCCGGUGGCAAGAAGCUCAGGUUCCAGCUGGCCAAGGAGCGGAAGGCGUCCACCACGCUAGGCAUCAUUAUGAGCGCGUUCACCGUGUGCUGGUUACCAUUCUUCGUGCUGGCACUGGUCAGGCCGUUCCUCAGCGACCCAUCCAGCAUACCCAGUUCGCUGAGCAGCCUGUUCCUGUGGCUUGGCUACGCAAACUCGUUACUGAACCCCGUAAUCUACGCGACGCUGAAUCGAGACUUCCGAAGGCCGUUCCAGCAAAUACUAUACUUCAAGUGUGGCUCUCUGAAUCACAUGAUGCGCGAGGAAUUUUACCAUUCACAGUACGGUGACCCGGAACCACAGCACUCCACACACUAUUGCGUGAUACCCGGAGACCCAAACAUCGUGCCACACCAUCCAUCUCCGACAAAACCGGACGACACGCGGACCAUCGAUUCUAAUCAACAAACCUUGGMGUCUGAGUCAUUCCUCUAGUAGUGACUCAAUUGUUAUCACGACGACGACGAUAACAUUCGACUCGGUAGUACACCUACACGAGAGUGAGGGGUAGUUUAACCGCUAGGCAACGCGCGACGAUAUAGUCGAUACUAAUAUAUUGUAACUAUAAUAAUUGUAUGAUGCGAGAUGAGAUUAUGUUUGCCGAUAUCAUUUCAUAUUUUCCUUUUCGAUUCUGUUCACAUCAAACGGACUCCGAGUGAAAAAAUAAUAAUAAUGUGUUAAAUAAUUCCGAAUGUUAAAAAUUGCAAAAAUGGUAAAACA